AUGGAACCAAAAGGCUGCGAUCAUCUUAAAGGAUAUUGCAAAGCAGAUGUGCUUGGUAAGUCGUUUGUGCAAACUUUCAUUUCUAUGGAAUUCAGGAGUGACGUGGACGAGGUACUCACAAGAGCUCUGGAUGGAAAGGACACUGCCAAUUACACUUUCCCUAUAUUCAGUAAGGAUGGACAUCAACGGCAGAUUUGCCUUAAUGCCACUGCCCGCCGAGGACAAAGUGGUGAGGUCAUUGGUGUUAUUGGCGUUGGUCAGGACAUCACCGAACUCAGCCAGACCAGUGCUCAGCACCAGCGUCUCGCUGAAGAUUGGCAGAGGCUCAUCGAGACGGCCAACGCUCCCAUUCUUGGAGUCGGUACCGAUGGGAACGUCAGCGAAUGGAACGCGAAAAUGGCGGAACUCACGGGGUCCCCGAAAGAAGAUGUGAUUGGCCUUCCGUUUGUGCGAGAGUUCAUCCCGUCCGCACAUCAAGAUCGGGUUCAAAGUGUAUUGACCAAGGCUACCCGCGAAGAGGAGACUGCCAAUUUCGAGUGUCCGCUUUGUACGAAAGACGGGGCACGUAUCGACUUGAUGCUUAAUGCCACUAUGAGGCGGGAUGAGUCUGGUGAAGUGAUCGGCGUCUUUGGCGUCGGCCAAGAUAUCACCAACUUGCGCGAGGCCUUGACGGAGAAUUCCCGUAUUGCUGAUGAUCUGAUGCGACUAAUAGACACAGCUAACGCACCCAUUUUUGGAGUUGACACUGAUGGGUGUGUAACAGAAUGGAACCAGAAGGCAGCAGAGAUUUCGGGGUUCUGCAAAGAGGAGUCUUUGGGAAAGCGUUUCGUGGAAACUUUCAUUUCCAAUCAGUGCAUGAGUGAUGUUGAUGCCGUAUUUAAAUUAGCGUUCAUCGGAACCAACACUGCCAACUACACGUUCACCCUCUUCACGAAAGACGGCCGCAGACGAGAGAUAUGUCUUAAUGCGACAGCUCGCCGAGGGCCAGCCGGCGACAUCACGGGCGUUAUCAGCGUCGGGCAGGACAUAACAGAUUUCAACCUCAUCAGUGCGCAGAAUGAGCGAUUGGCUGCAGAUUGGCAACGGCUUAUUGAGACAGCCAAUGCGCCUAUCUUUGGCGUCGAUAUCAGUGGGAACGUGAUCGAGUGGAACCGGAAGGCUGCUGAGAUCUCAGGCUAUUCCAAGGAGACCGAGACGAUCGGCCGGCAUCUGGUGCGCGAGUUCAUCACUCCCGAGCAUCGAGACCGGGUUCAAGCAGUGCUCGAAGAGGCGAUGAGUGGGCGAGAAACUGCAAAUUUCGAGUUCCCGCUGGCAACCAAAGAUGGGAGGCGAAUCGAUAUUCUUUUGAAUGCCACUACGAAGCGUGACCAGAACGGUCGAGUCUAUGGAGUUCUCGGAGUGGGCCAGGACAUUACAGAAUUUCGCAAAGCAUUGACAGAGAAUUCGCGCAUUGCGGAUGAUUUGAUGCGGCUGAUCGACACUGCCAACGCACCAAUUCUGGGCAUCGAUACGGAGGGCUGUGUGACCGAGUGGAACCAAAAGGCAGCUGAAUUAUCCGGAUAUGGGAAGGCUGAGACUUUGGGCAAGAAUUUCAUAGAAGGGUAUAUUUCUGAUAAUUUCCGAGACGACAUCAAGGGGGUUCUUGCAAGGGCGCUUGCCGGAACAGACACAGCGAACUAUACUUUCCCGCUGUUCACAAAAGACGGACGAAGGCGAGAAAUAUCUUUAAAUGCAACUGCCCGGCGUGGACCAAAUGACGAGAUCAUCGGCGUGAUUGGUGUGGGGCAGGACAUAACAGACCUCAACCAGAUCAUGGCUCAGAAUGAGCGUUUCGCCGCAGACUGGCAGCGGCUCAUUCAGACCGCGAAUGCGCCCAUCUUCGGCGUUGAUAUCAACGGUCUCGUGAAUGAGUGGAACUCCAAGUCGGCAGACAUAUCGGGCUACUCCAAGCAAGAGUCGAUGGGCCACCACCUGGUGCAGGAGUUCAUCACCCCAGAGCACAGGGAGAGGGUGCAGGCCGUGCUGGCAGAGGCGCUGAAGGGUGACGAGACGGCCAGCUUCGAGUUUCCGUUGGCCACUAAGGACGGGAAGCGCAUCGACAUCCUGUUGAAUGCCACCACGAGGCGAGACGAGCACGGAGCUGUCGUUGGAGUUCUGGGCGUGGGCCAGGACAUUACGAACAUGAAGGCAGCUCUCACCGACAACGCGCGCAUUGCUGACGACCUGACGCGCUUGAUUGACACCGCGAACGCACCGAUCCUCGGGAUCGAUACCGACGGGCGCGUGACCGAGUGGAAUCAGAAGGCCGCGGAUCUGUCGGGCUACUCGAGGGCAGAAGCCAUCGGCAAGGCUUUUGUGGAGGUCUUCAUUUCGGAGAAAUUCAGGGCUGAGGUCAGCCAAGUUUUGACAAUGGCACUCGCUGGAACAGACACCGCCAACUAUGCGUUCCCACUGUUCACCCGAGACGGCCGUAGACGUGAGAUUUCUCUGAAUGCCACGGCACGCCGUGGACCACAUGGCGAGAUUACGGGUGUUAUUGGAGUCGGUCAAGAUUUCACCGAGCUCAACGCGAUUAUGGCUCAGAAUGAGAGGCUCGCUGCUGACUGGCAGCGGCUGAUUCACACUGCCAAUGCUCCAAUAUUCGGCGUUGACGUCACAGGCCAUGUGAACGAGUGGAACGUCAAGAUAGCAAGGGGCCCGACGGAUCUCUGGCUUCUCGAAGGACGACACCAUGGGCAGGCCUUUGGUGCGCGACUUCAUCACUCCGGAGCAUCAGGAGCGAGUCCAGAUCCUCUUGACCCAGGCACUGGAAGGCGACGAGACAGCAAACUUCGAGUUCCCUCUGGCAACAAAGGACGGGAAGCGUAUAGACAUCCUGUUGAAUGCUACCACGAAGCGAGAUGA